AGCACACUGGAGCGGACACAAUGAACGCGGCUGUGUGCGCUCUGCUCUCCUUAGCGAUCCAGUGCAUUGAAGCGGAGGGACCCGGCGCUGAGCUCUUCUCUUACAUGGCAAUGCCGUACCCUAAAGUAACCUCUCCAGGGAGCUUCUCAGAGGAGUCACAGAACCGCACGAAGAUGCACGUCAAAGACACCGUUCCAAUGAACGGCGCGCUCGGGUCGGCGAGCAAGGUGGGCGACCCAAAAUACACCUUACAACAGAACCCGCUGCCCGGGCACGGCUGGUACAAACACGGGGAGAUAACGCAGGGGUCACAGCCUGACAAAAUAAAGAAGGCCACUAAGAGCCACAAGUUUCCAGCAGAGCACAACAGUGAGAAAAACAGACACGAAGGGAGGACCCAAGCACCAGAUAUCGUAACCGAUUCUGCUCAGCACAAAGCCGCCAGGAGCUCGCCUCCCCAAGCGGAACAGGACCCGCGGUUACAGCCAUACAGCACGCGGUUACGGGACAACAGAAGGAUGGACCCCGAGGAGAACAGACCCGGCAGGUCCAGCGUUUACCAGCCCGGCAACAGAUCAAGGAACAGCACCAAGCACGCACUGGCUUCCAACCGGCACUCGUCAAGCCUGCUGCACCACAUCAACAUACUGAAAGCAGAGUCCGAAUACACCAGAGAAACAUUGUGCUUGAGUGAAUGCAGGAAGGAGCUGGACGAGAGGGAAUAUUUCUGCUCCAGUGAAUUCGCGGUCAAUGGCAUCGUGCACGACAUCGAGGUCUUGAAGAAGGGCGUUGGGCUCGUCACAUUGCUCGUCAGCAGCGAUGGUUUUUAUAAAAUGAGUCGGCUUCACGUGGCACCGGACGGCUUCUUUUUCAAGGUUCACGUUUUCGUGCUGGACACCUAUAAGUGUGCCAAGCCCUGCCCGGAUUUUAAACUGGGGAGCAGGUACAUUGUGAUGGCUCAGAUCUACCACCGGAGGCGCCACCUCUCCAGCGAGCUGCUGGCACUGCUGGCUCCAAGGCUGCGGCCAGGUGACGGGCUGGUUCGCAGCAACAGCUACGUGAAGAGAUUCAACAGGAAGAGGGACCAGAGGGUGCAGGAGGCGGCUUACAGCAAGUGCAGAUGAGCGCAGCGGCACGGGGCCCCACGUGGAAAAAGAGAGCGAGAGAGAGAGACUGUGCUCUGAACCCCUGCCCUGGUAACCGCUGGGAGUCCAAUCUGCAAAGGGUGGAAAUUCACACUUUAGAUCCACUGCUUGUCUAUUCUCGGAGUGCUUUUAUAUUUGUAUUUUUUUUUUAAAGGGUGUAAUUUUGCUGCAUUUGGCAUUAUCGAGCUGUCAUCUGUUACAUGCUUACAGGCACAAGAUUCUGUUGUUUUAUCAGGAACAGUAGCUGGGAGCGCGAGAGCACAGAUGGAGAGAGCAGCUCUUGCCGUCAAUGCUGCAGAGUAUGCUUCCGAGAGAGGAUAGACUGGAUCUGGGCUUCGAUCACACCGUACUUGUUAGAUGUCAAUAGGUGUUGUAUGCAAUCUUGACACGGAUUCUCAAUGUAGUCACACAUCUGUCUUUAUUGAGUGUAACUGAAGUGUGUGUGGUUUUGUGUGUCUAGUUGAUUGUAAAUAUUGUUCAGUGGAAAUGUAUGAAAGAAUCACACAAGAAGUGCUUGGUAAAACUUUAAACGAUGUCUGUGUUUGUGGAAGCUUGUGCAGGCCACAGGAGCUUUGUUUACAUUAUGACUGGUCUGUACUGUUAGUAUUGGGAUGGCUUUAAAUAGAAAACCCUUUUCAUCUUCCCCAUAUGGAAAUACUGUGCUGCUUUCUGAGUAUUCAGGAAAUGCACUGUAUAUUUAAAAAAUAUAUAUAUCUUUUACACGA